GAAAGCGAUUUGUUCAGUAGGACAACCAUGAUCAGGACCACUGGUGGUGCAACCCAACUUUCAGGGAAAACUCAACCGAUGGUUGAUUUGUCCUACCCUGCUGUAGGUAAUAACUAUCAGCUUGGAGGAGUGUUUACAGGGAAGGAUGAGAAAGUAGGCGGCGUAAGCUUGCCAAUGGCUAUGCCUCAAAUGAAUGGAGCAACUGGAGUUGUUUGGCCCCCGAACAGCAGUUUGUCCGCUGUCACAACAACUAUUGGGGUGGUAGUGAUAAUCUCUCCUGGGACCCUCUCCUUCAUAUGUCCUCCGGGUUGA